UUGGCAAUGGGCUGACAUCUAACAAAAAUACGAUGGCAUCUCACCAUUUCCCCUUUGUCUGUCCGACUCUCGAGUCCAGUUUCUCUAUCUGUUGAUCGAUUUUCUUACGUCUUGUGCUUCGUGUCUCAAUUCUUAGUCUCCAAAAGCUCCCAGACUACUACCGAUCGAUGAGCUCACCUAUUGGCCUCUCGGUAGCAUUCCAGGCUAUCCAACGCACAUCUACAUGCGAGAUAUAGGUGUGGUAGUGAGUCACCAUGGGAUUCUUCCGUCGAUCCAAGAAGAACCCAUCGCCAGAUGGCCCGCCAUUUGGGGUCGGUCACGGUGAGUCGUCGAUUCCAUCACGAUCACAAGUAUCACCACCGCAAUGUCAUCCCCAUGACGGACUAUACCAAACUCCCGUUCCUGGCCAACGCGCUGGUUUUCAUCCCCCGCCGCCGUUGCCGGCACCACCUGGCUGGAACAAUUCUCUGCCUCCCGGAUCCGGUCCACCUCCUCAAUACCAUGACCAAAGAUCAUAUCCGCCUAUUGUCGUGAAUCAACAUUACUACCUAGGCCCACCAGCUCUUUCUCCGCCACCGGCAAAUCCAUACCCUCAUAGCAACGGGGUAUGUACCGCGAGCAGACUCAAGCUCGGCUCAGUCAUGAACAUAGCAAGUGAAAUGAUACCAGGAAAUCUUGGUCAACAACUUUUCGAUGACGGUCUUCCAAGAUGGCACGGUUACGGCACUCAGCUACUUAAUCAAAGUGCCGCAAUGUAUGACCAAAUACGUAGCAGCCUCGAUGAUGUAAUGACGUUGAUCGACCGGGAUAAGUAUGUCGGAAAUGAGAAUGAAUUGUUCGUGUAUCAGUUCAAUCCCAUGCCAUCCCCCCCUAUUGAGCCGUCGCAGCAAAUCGUCCUACAUAAGGGGACAUCGAAGAAGAGUCAUAAGAAGGAAUCAUCAAAGGAGACUUCCAAAGCGCAUACGAGUGCGAUAGCUUCAUCGCUUGCUUCACGGGGUUACUUCGCCAAGGUAGAACUAUAUGCGAACUCGAAACUACCUCCAAACCUACCUCCCCUUCGUUUAUACAUCCCAACGUAUCCCCUCAUAUGUCUCGCAGCGAAGUACUCCGAAAGGGUAUAUGAGAACCCGCGGGGUGCAGAACGAGAUGCUCAUGUUGAUGCCGAUUGGAGGACAGGGACUAAAGCUAUGCGCAUCAAGUCCGUUCCCAUGGACCACAUGGACACCAUAGUCUUUGCCGUUAGAGGAACGGCGACAUUCAUGGAUUGGUCUGUAAACUUAAACACGGCGCCAACGGCGCCUACUGGCUUUCUUGACGAUCCCAACAAUUUUUGCCAUGCAGGUUUUCUGUCAGUGGCACGAAAGAUGAUCUCUCCGGUAGCAGCCAGACUCCGCCAUCUUUUAGAAGAGGAUCCGCGACGAUGUUCUUACUCACUUCUCAUUACCGGCCACUCGGCUGGCGGUGCCGUCGCGUCUCUUCUCUACGCGCAUAUGCUAUCCACAUCUAAAGCUGCAUCCUCGGAGCUCAACAAUCUAACGGGCUGCUUUAAGAGAGUACAUUGUAUCACAUUUGGAACGCCUCCCGUCUCUCUUUACCCUCUACAAAAACCUUCGAAGUCCGAGCUUAAGAAAUUCAUAUUCUUAACCUUCAUCAAUGAAGGAGAUCCGGUCGCGCGAGCCGAUAAGGCUUAUGUAAAAAGCCUUCUCGAGCUUUUCGUCGCCCCAGCACCGACAGAAGAAUCCAAGGGGUCAAGCAAACACCUUCCGCCUCCGAAAAGCUCGUCUGCAAAACACAGUAAGCGGCACGGUAAUAAUUCUAGUGCAUCUCUCGCCUCGAAGACAUCCAAAACUUCUGUGAAGUCUGGUCGCUCUUCAUCUCACUCAUCUUCCAAGUCGAGUAAAUCAAAAUCGCCGGGGCCGAUAUGGAAAGUCCCUCCAAGCACCCUGAGCAAUGCCGGUCAGAUCGUGGUUCUAAGGUCAGGCGAUUCCAACUCGAAACCCAGGCGAGCGAAAACCGUCGAAGAAAGACUAGGCGAAGGAGUCAUUGCCCAAGUGGCUACCGACGAACAGUUACGAGGCCUUAUAUGGGGCGAUCCCGUCUGUCACGUUAUGAAGCUAUACAUUGGCCGAGUUGAACGACUUGCGGUUGAGGCUGUUACAGCGAAGGGACAUUAAAAUUCUGGAUGAAGCACGGAUUUAUCACACUAACUUUUGUAUUUUGAUAUAAGACAAUCACCUUGGCACGACAUUAUGAUAUUACGAUAUGUUAUCUCUACUUUGGCGCUGGGGCAUGAUACCACAUUGGUUGGGGAUUUUGAUUCUAGGUAGAACCGAAGAGAAGCCAAUUCAAUACCUAUUUGCUUGAAUAUUCAGUCGGAUAACACAGAUCAGGCAAUCAUCGACAUACAGCACCCUGGGAGUGUCAUCAGUUCUUGGGAACAUUACGAUAGUGGA